UUUAUCCAUUUCUUACGAAUGAAAACCUUUUCAUCCAUUCAACAUGACAAGUGGAUCAAACCAUGAAUUCGUCCUGGCCACGCCCGAGAGCCUUGAUUUUCAUGUCAGCUUCUGGGACCCCUUUUUCUGUUCUCUCUCUCUCUCACUCUGUGCCUGCACGUAUUUUUUGAAGACAGUUGAAAAAACCCAACUCACCAAAUCAAGCUCUCAAAGCAAAACGUUCUGAAUUGGUGGGAACAUGUACAUGCGCAUGUGCAUACAUGCAUGCACAUGCUGUCAAGGACUCAUUAAAUAAAAAUCUUCAAGUGGUGUAGUUGGCAAAGUGGAAGGAAUUGAAUUGAAGGGUGUGUCUGUGUGGAGGGAAGUCUUUGCAAAGUGCUUUUUUGACCAUCUGGGGUAAAUAGAAAUGUGCUUUUUUGGACCUCUGCUUACUAGCUGAUCAGCCUCACAGAGUACACCAGUUUUCUUGAUUUGCUUGCUCCUUCACCACCAUGGCAACCAUGCGGUUGCUGCUCUUUCUGGCUUUCUGCUCUGCUGGGAUUCAUGUGAUCUUUUCUGAAACAGACCCCAAUGAUGCUGUUAUUUUCAUAUCCUUGAAGGAGGCAUGGAAGAAUCUUCCACCCAGCUGGAACGACAAGUCAAAUGAUCCCUGUCGAAUGAAAUGGGAAGGAGUCACCUGCAACAAUUCGAGGGUGACUGAAUUGAGAUUAUCAGCAAUGAACUUGGAAGGACAAAUUGAAGGCGAUAUCGGGAUACUCUCUGAAUUAAGAUCCUUGGACCUUUCAUUCAACAAAGGCCUCAGGGGUUCUCUGUCUUCACAAUUAGGGGAUCUGAGCAAGUUAAAUUUCCUGAUCCUGGCUGGCUGCAGCUUCAGUGGCAAUAUUCCAGAUGAGCUGGGCAAUCUUGGAGAGCUAACUUUCUUGGCUCUGAAUACGAAUAACUUCACUGGUAAAAUACCUCCUUCUUUGGGUAAACUCUCCAAACUUUUCUGGUUGGACCUGGCAGGCAAUCAGUUGACUGGAACUCUACCAAUUUCAACCAACGUUACCUCAGGCUUAGACAAACUAUUGAAGGCUGAACACUUCCAUUUCAACAAGAACCAGCUUUCAGGUACCAUUCCACCCGAACAUUUCAGCUCUGAGAUGAAACUGAUACACAUUUUGUUUGAUGAAAAUCAAUUUAUUGGGGAGAUUCCAUCAACCAUAGCACACGUUCAGACUCUUGAGGUUCUCGUUUUAGAAUUUGGAGCACUUGAAGGGACUGUGCCAGAGAAGAUGUUCAGCAUCACAUCAUUGCAGCAAGUGAAACUGAAAAACAAUGCGUUUAACGAAACAUUGAACUUGGGUGAUAGCAUCAGUCCACAACUGCAGCUUGUUGAUCUGCGGAACAAUCAGAUUCCUAAAAUAACUCCGGGUUAUGAAUACAAACAUACAUUAAUACUUGUAGGGAACCCAGUUUGCGCCGAUGGAACUAGCUCAAAAUCAUUCUGUCAGCCUCCGCAACAAGAUACAGAAACGUAUACUACUGGCUCGAAGUGUGCACACAUUACAUGCCCCGAUAAUCAGAAGCACAGCCCUCAGAGUUGUCUAUGUGCAUAUCCUUUCGAAGUAACAUUGUAUUUCAGAGCAACCCCUUUCAGGGAUUUGUCAAAUGUGACUAGGUUUAACUUACUAGAAAUGAGUCUACGGGAUCAACUUGGCCUCACUCCUGGUUCAGUUUCUCUUGAAAAGCGUUUCUUCGACAGUAAUGACCAUCUUCAAAUUCAGCUGGCACUCUUUCCACCUACAGGAAUAUAUUUUAAUAGGUCGGAGAUUAUAAGGAUUGGUUUUGAUUUGAGCAUUUUCGAGCCACCGGAGGGGUUUCGACCCUAUUAUUUUAUUCCAGCUCCUUAUACUUUCCCAGGUGGGAAUAAAAGUUCUAUGAACACUGGUGUUAUUAUUGGGAUAUCAGUUAGUUGUGUAGUUCUUGUACUGGGCCUCGUGGUAGUGGGAAUAUAUGCCAUUAGGCAAAAGAAACGUGCAGAAAGAGCCAUUGGAUUAAGCCGACCUUUUGCUUCUUGGGCACCAAGCGGAAAAGAUAGUGGUGGUGCACCACAGCUAAAGGGAGCAAGAUGGUUUUCUUAUGAUGAGCUUAAGAAGUGCACAAAUAAUUUCUCUGACAGUAAUGAGAUAGGAUCUGGCGGAUACGGGAAGGUUUACAGGGGCAUGUUUUCUGAUGGACAAGUGGUGGCAAUCAAAAGAGCUCAGCAAGGAUCAAUGCAGGGUGGCCUUGAGUUCAAGACUGAAAUCGAGUUGCUCUCGCGAGUUCAUCACAAAAAUGUUGUUGGCCUUUUGGGAUUUUGUUUUGAACAAGGAGAACAGAUGCUGGUUUAUGAGUUUAUGCCUAAUGGAACACUCAGGGAAAGCUUGUCAGGGAGAUCUGGUAUUCAUCUUGAUUGGAAGAGGAGACUCCGCAUCACUCUUGGCUCGGCAAGAGGACUAGCUUACCUACAUGAGCUUGCAAAUCCUCCUAUAAUUCACAGAGAUGUCAAGUCCACCAACAUUCUAUUAGAUGAACAUUUAACCGCGAAGGUUGCAGAUUUUGGCUUGUCCAAGCUGGUAGCUGACAGUGGAAAAGGGUAUGUCUCAAGUCAGGUCAAAGGCACACUGGGAUAUCUUGAUCCUGAAUACUACACGACUCAACAGUUAACUGAGAAGAGUGAUGUAUACAGCUUUGGAGUGGUGAUGCUUGAAUUGAUAACGGCUAGGCAGCCUAUUGAGAAGGGAAAAUACAUCGUCCGUGAGGUACGAUUGAUGAUGGACAAGAAUGAUGAAGAACACUAUGGUUUGAGGGAGUUAAUGGAUCGAAGCAUUCGAAACCCCGGAACUCUUAUUGGGUUUGGGAGGUUCCUGGAGCUGGCCCUGCAAUGCGUUGAAGAAUCAGCUGCAGACCGCCCCACAAUGAGUGAGCUUGUGAAGGCUAUUGAAACCAUUCUGCAGAAUGAUGGCAUGAACACAAACUCAACAUUAGCAUCUUCAUCAGCCACGGAAUUUGCAGCAUCAAAAGGAGCUCCUAAGCAUCCGUACAACGAUGGCUUGCUGAAAAGGGAAGUGAAUGACAGCACUGGUGCCUUUGAUUACAGUGGUGGAUAUGCAGUUUCGCCGAAGAUUGAACCCAAGUAGUAGCAAAGGCCUGCAACAUAGUUAAUUUCUUCUUUUGUAAAUUGCACCUUCUCUUCUCUAUCCAUAUAUGUAAUGUAAGUAGAUACAGGAAAAGAAUAUAUAGUGGUCUUUCAUUUCAAUUGCCAAAUAGAAAUUUAGUGUGUUAUGUUACAAUGUUCCUAGGGGCCUCAAACUCGAAUGCUACGAAGUUUAUUUUUAUUUUUAAUUUUAUUUUUCGGAUUGGAUGCAAUGAAGUUUUAGUAAGACCU